CCGAAGCAAUGCGUCUCUAGAGGCAUUGGGCAAAAGAAAGAAGAAAUGCGAGUUCGUCUGGUCUGAUGGCUAAAGGCAGGUGCGUGCAGCCUGGUUGCCAGGGUUUCGGGCUGGCCGCAUGCAUGUAUCAUCAUAUGCUCUGUGCUGGGAGAGUUGCUGUCAGAGAAAGCGAAGAAGCAAGAAAAAAGAAUGCUGCUUACUCGUGCUAUAUAAUCAUGAAAGAAAUAGAUUGAAAGAAGAAGAAGAAGGAAAGAAAAGGAAAAAAA